GGAGUUUCCAAAUCAUCUCUUGGGACCUAAAGGGAUCAGGCGCGCGGCCUGGCAGUCGAGCGAUCUUCUCCCGGCUUCUGGAAGCGGAGAGGGCAGAGGAAGUCCUGGGAGCUGGGCGCCCCUCCGGCCGUGCGAUGGCGAUCGGGGCCCAGGGCUGGCGGCCCGGGUCUCUGCUCCUACUGCUACUCUGGGUGACCGGACAGGCGGCUCCCGUGGCGGGCCUGGGUGUGAGCUCCGAGCUUCAGAUCGAGCGGCGCUUCGUGCCUGAAGAGUGUCCGCGCACGGUGCGCAGCGGAGACUUCGUGCGCUACCACUACGUGGGGACUUUCCUCGACGGCCAGAAGUUCGACUCCAGCUAUGACAGAGACUCUACCUUCAAUGUGUUUGUGGGAAAAGGCCAGCUGAUCGCAGGCAUGGACCAGGCUCUGGUCGGGAUGUGCGUAAACGAGAGGCGUUUCGUGACGAUCCCCCCAAACCUCGCCUAUGGAAGUGAAGGAGUGUCUGGUGUGAUCCCUCCAAACUCGGUACUUCAUUUUGAUGUCCUCCUGAUGGAUAUUUGGAAUUCUGAAGACCAGGUUCAGAUUGAGACGUAUUUCAAGCCCCCCAGUUGUCCUCGGACUAUCCAGGUAUCUGAUUUUGUGAGGUACCAUUACAACGGGACAUUCUUGGAUGGAACACUGUUUGAUUCCAGCCACAAUCGCAUGAAAACCUAUGACACUUAUGUGGGAAUUGGAUGGCUGAUUCCAGGAAUGGACAAAGGGCUGCUGGGCAUGUGUGUUGGGGAGAAGCGUAUCAUCACCAUCCCCCCUUUUCUGGCCUAUGGAGAAGAAGGAGAUGGGAAGGACAUUCCUGGGCAGGCAUCCCUAGUCUUUGAUGUUGCAUUGUUGGACCUCCAUAACCCCAAGGAUAGUAUUUCCAUCGAGAACAAGGAGGUCCCUGAGAACUGUGAGCGAAGGAGUCAGAGCGGGGACUUCCUUCGGUAUCAUUACAAUGGCACACUUCUGGAUGGCACCCUCUUUGAUUCCAGCUACUCACGGAACCACACCUUUGACACCUACAUUGGCCAGGGCUAUGUAAUUCCUGGGAUGGAUGAAGGCUUACUUGGUGUUUGCAUUGGAGAGAGGCGAAGGAUUGUGGUCCCUCCUCACCUGGGCUAUGGAGAAGAAGGAAGAGGGAAUAUUCCCGGCUCGGCUGUGUUGGUGUUUGACAUCCAUGUGAUUGACUUCCACAACCCUUCAGAUUCCAUCAGCAUCACUUCCCACUACAAGCCCCCUGAUUGCUCAGUGCUGAGUAAGAAGGGGGAUUACCUGAAAUACCACUACAAUGCCUCACUCCUGGAUGGCACUCUGCUGGACUCCACGUGGAACUUAGGCAAAACUUACAACAUUGUGUUGGGAUCCGGACAAGUCGUGCUAGGGAUGGACAUGGGUCUCAGAGAGAUGUGUGUGGGAGAAAAGCGAACCGUGAUCAUUCCACCCCACCUGGGCUAUGGAGAGGCUGGUGUAGAUGGAGAGGUGCCUGGCAGUGCCGUCCUUGUGUUUGACAUUGAACUGCUGGAGCUUGUGUCUGGCCUUCCGGAGGGGUACAUGUUCAUAUGGAAUGGUGAAGUGUCUCCCAACCUCUUUGAAGAAAUCGACAAGGAUGGCAAUGGGGAAGUCCUCCUGGAGGAGUUCUCAGAGUACAUCCACGCACAGGUGGCAACAGGCAAAGGCAAGCUGGCUCCCGGUUUUAACGCUGAAAUGAUCGUGAAGAACAUGUUCACCAACCAGGACCGGAACGGAGAUGGGAAGGUCACGGCUGAGGAAUUUAAGCUCAAGGAUCAGGAAGCCAAGCAUGACGAACUGUAAGCCUCACACGAACGAACCAGUUUGUGCCAAGGAGAGCAUGACACCAAGUGACCUCUCAUGGCAGAGCAUGCUGUCAAGGUGGGAAGGUUUCUAGGAAGGCAUGACAUUAGCAAGUAGUAGGUGGGCCAUGUAGUACCUGGUGCAUACAUUGGGGUGGGUUGAUGUCCAUGGUGAGAUCUUGGCUGGAUUUCUAGGGAUAGUACAUAGAAUCUGUGCAGAGGGCCUUGGUGUGGGAAAGUCUGCACGGCCAAACUGUAUUUAUGAGUCUUCUGGGAAGUUGUGAUACUAAAGGAACAUGAUUUCAUAGAAGACAAGGCUGUCAUACAGGAAACAGGAGUAGUACCAGGUAUCUACCUAAAGAGAUUGAUUUUUUUUUUUAAUCUUGCUGGUGUCCUAAAAACUGUUCACUAUGUGGGCAGAAAGACAGAGCAUGAAUGCUCCAGAAAGAUUGCAUGACAGCAGCCAGUGUGCUCUUCUUGGUGCCCUGCAUAAGCUCUGGUGAUAGGAGGCGCUGUGCACCAUCCCCUGUAACUCCCCUAAAGUCCCCGUCCCACACUUUUCCAGUUCGCUCCCUACACCGGCCGCCCUCCCAUUGGUAGUGUAACGCCAAGGUUAACAGGAGCUUCCUGGGCAGGAAAAACCACGAACAAACGGGAGUAGAGGGUUUGGCCUGCAUUUGCUCUGGAGGAUCAUGUGCUUGGCUCUUCCUAUCUUCCAGACGUUGUCCUGUAGAGCUCUCUCUCCACUCUGCCUUCCUUCUGUUAGAUAGAUACAUGUAAGGCUGAUAGCUAGUCUCACUGGUCAGCCAACAGAAAAUUUUACUGUGACUAAAGUGGAUGUGACAUUUUUCUGCCACUCAUUUGUGUCUUGGAGGGCAAUGUGGGGUCUCCUGCUGGAGAAAAGCAAUAACAUUAUUCAGGCCAGCCCAUUCCUGUACCAUGUGGUAGCCAUGUUCCUGCCUUAUGUCCUGUUCCCAAGUGGUGUUGGCACUUAGCCUGAAGUAAUCAAGGUGUUUCCUUUUGAAAUGGCUUUUUUUUUUUUUUUUUAAAA